UUUCCCGGGAAAGAGGUAGGCUCUGAUUCCAGUAAGGAGCGUCAUGUGUCGUAUGCUGGAUUUUAAAAGCAGUGCUGCAGCACUGGACCUUCAAACAGCGUGCAGAAGACGCACUGAAACCCAGCUGAGAUACGUGCAUGCUUAUGACUCUUUGCAAUAACAAUUCGAUUUCUUUCUUACAGUGCAUUGCGGAACUGAGGCCGUGUUAAAACGUUUUUGUUAAUAACACUCAAACUUUCCGGUCGGUGCAUGCAGUGUUGCCUUACGCUACAGUCUGUUGCGUUUGCGUGUACGUGUGCGUUUGGUUUUGCUGACCUGACUCGGCAAUAGUACUGUGCCUGAACUUCACGGAGUUCAAGGACCGACAUCUCUGAAUCUAUCUUGUCCGUUAUCUUGGAUGUUGUAUCUAGAAGGAAGACCUCUAGAAAUGAAACCCGCGUAUCUGAUGACCAAGAAUGAAAAGUACGUGUUCGUUGAGAGCAGAGGGUCAGGGUCGACUCCUCAGAUGGUCGCGAGGAGCGUUCAGGUCAACCACAGUACAAACUCCCGUAAAGUCACUGUAACUGUGAUUGAGAAUAUGGACGUCGAUAAAGUCAAAUGCAUGGCUUUCUGCUUUGAGCUGAACAAUAAGAAAUAUUUCCCUGUUGUUACUGGCGAUAAGAUUGGAUUUGAGGAAACGUUAACAUCUGACAUGAAGUUUUGGUUUCGAUGGGGUGAGAAAACAGGACAAUGGAGGACUUUGCAAUCAGCAGCUAAAUCCGACAUGUCCCUGUGUGAAUGCAAUAAAGGCAAAGUAAUCAUCUGUUCACAGCCGCGGUCACAUUUUAGAAUUUCCUUCAAAGACAUGGCUAGAAGUCCCAUAACGAGACUGAACAACAUACCAAUGUAUCAGAGUACCAGAUACAAUGAUGACUCAACUCAACGGAUGGUUGUGGAGAAUUUGAACAUCACCCACAAUGGAAACCUCAGUGAAGAGAAAAAUGACAUAAAAAUGAUACAGGACGAGAUACCAGUUUAUCGGAAUACCAGAUACAGAAAGUACAUGUCCAUUCAAAGCAAUGACGAGUCAAUUUGCCAGAUGGUUGUGCAGAAUUUUAAGAUCAGCCACAAUGGAAACCCCAGCGAAGAAAGCCGCCCAGAAAUGAUUCAGGACAGCAGACCAAUGUAUCUGAAAACCAGACACAGACAGUACAUGUGGGUCGGAAGCAAAGACGGGUCAACUAGUCAGAUGGUUGUGGAGAACAUUAAGAUCAGCGACGACAGAAACCCCAGAAGGGGGAACAAGAGGAUUCGACAGGUAUAUUGCAGUAAAGAGACAACAGAAGGACAUUCACAGCUUGAACGGUACAACAAAAGGCCAUCAUUUUUGGAGCUACCUGGGUUUUAUAAAAAUCUAAACACAAUUUCAGUUUGAGGUUUUCUUAUUCAAGUGAAUUACAAAAUACAUUACCCAUAUCUACCUACUGUAUGCAGUAAAAGUAACUAUUUAACCGCCCUCAAAAGAAAGUGUACAUGCCCUGAACAAACAUCAGUAUAUUAACAAAAGAUUAACUUCAAGGGUUUCAAGGGUUUACUUAUUAUUGUCAUAUAAUCAAAAUAUUCACGGGACGUAACACCGGUAUGAGUUUGCUGCAGUGCUUUGAUUCACUUUUUAUGGAGCUGCCCACAGAUUGUUUGAUCAGGGUGUUGCUUGAUUUAUUACUUCACAAAAACUAUGAUUAGUACACACUACACUUUAUCAAACUACAAUAUGACAUUAUGUGCAGGUACAGUAAUGUGAAUGUUUCUCAAUUGUUGGAUGAGAAAGUCUCUUGACAUCUGUGUCAAUGAAUGUAUUUAUAAGAGGAGCAUGUCUGAACUUGGAUGUCAUCUCUGCUGCUGAGGAGAGGGAGAGAAUUUAUGUUGCAUGAUGUUUUUACCAAUUUUUCUUGGUUUGGAAAUGUUUUAGGUGUAAAAAAUAGUCGGUAGAUCAUGUCAAUAAUGUUUGCACAUAUAUAAUGUAUAUAGCCUAUCUGAUUGUUCUUUUAGAAAAAAUUGGUGCAUAUUCAUGUAUUUUAACAUAGGCUACUUAUAAAGCUAUAUAAAAAACUACCAAAGUGUGUACUGUAUAUAUUCAAUUCUUUUUUU